GAAUAGGUGAAUCCGGACCUGGUGCGCAAAACCAACAGUUACGCGCGGGGCCGGAGGUGACACCCGUCUCCAGGCAACCUGCUCAGACUGAUCGCUCCAUCUCAGCAAACCCGUCAGGUCUGGAAAAUGAGUCUGAGGCACCGGCUGUAUUUCCUGCACUUACUGAGGAAAACAGCAAUGGAGAGGACAUGGUCAAUGACGACCCUCGAAACCCGCUUAAAAACCACAGGAAUUCUGUUUUCUACAACAUGUAUCCGACCAGAGGGAGGUCAGCGGCCCGCACCCUCCGUCCGCCUGGCACAGGGUACGGCACAGGAUAUUUCCAAAACGGACUGCCAGACCUUGUGCCAGACCCAUAUGCCAUCCAAGCAGGUACCUAUGUCCAGCGCAUGCAGAUGUACGCGCUUCGCUGUGCAGCUGAGGAGAACUGUCUGGCCAGAUCGGCUUAUGGACCCACUGUGCGAGACAUCAACUUCAGAGUCCUCCUGCGGUUUCCACAGAAAGUGAAGAACCAAGGCACCGCUGACUUCCUCCCUUUCAAGCCCAGAUAUCAGUGGGACUGGCACAGCUGUCACCAACACUACCACAGCAUGGACGCCUUCAGCAACUACGAUCUGCUGGAUGUUAUCACAGGACGUAAAGUGGCAGAGGGACACAAGGCCAGUUUCUGUCUGGAGGACACGAACUGUGAUCCUGGAUUCAGGCGACGCUACGCCUGUACAGCUCAUACGCAGGAUUCUGGUAUAUUUGAGGUCUUCAAGUUCAUGGUGAGAUCAGCUCAAUCAGACAAGCCGGGUGUAAAAUGA